GGGCAGGAACCAGGGCUGGGCAUAAAAGGCAGGGCAGGGACCACUGCUGCUUACACUUGCUUCUGACACAACUGUGUUCACUAGCAACCACAGACACCAUGGUGCACCUGACUGGUGAGGAGAAGAGUGCCGUCACUGCCCUGUGGGGCAAGGUGAAUGUGGACGACGUUGGUGGUGAGGCCCUGGGCAGGCUGCUGGUUGUCUACCCAUGGACCCAGAGGUUCUUCGAAUCCUUUGGGGACCUGUCCUCUCCUUCUGCUGUCAUGGGCAACCCUAAAGUGAAGGCCCAUGGCAAGAAGGUGCUGAGUGCUUUUAGCGAUGGCCUGAAUCACCUGGACAACCUCAAGGGCACCUUUGCUAAGCUUAGUGAGCUGCACUGUGACAAGCUGCACGUGGACCCUGAGAACUUCAGGCUCCUGGGCAACGUGCUGGUGGUUGUGCUGGCCCACCACUUUGGAAAGGAUUUCACCCCACAGGUGCAGGCUGCCUAUCAGAAGGUGGUGGCUGGUGUGGCAAAUGCCCUGGCUCACAAGUAUCAUUGAGGUCCUGGUCGGUUUCCUGGGGACUAAUGGAAGACCCUAUUUCCAUAGAUUUUAUUAUGGAAAAAUAACACGUCCUUGAAGGGCAUGGUAUCUGCUUAAUAAAGAAUUCAGCUCAA